ACAUCUACCGACAUCAUAUAACCAUCGUAAUCCCAUCCGUUUAUAUAUAUAAUCCAAGUUAAACUUCAUAUCAUACCCACAAAAUCAUCACAUCGAGGCAAAAGCAAAAAAAAGAUUUAACAAGAAGAGUUAUUAUGGCGAGCUUGCUAGCUAAAGCCAAGGAUUUCGUGGCGGAUAAAGCCACCACGAUCCCUAAACCGGAGGGUUCAGUUACGGACGUUGACCUUAAAGACGUGAACCGUGACUCCGUCGAGUACUUGGCCAAAGUCUCCGUCACCAAUCCUUACAGUCAUUCGAUUCCGAUCGGCGAGAUCAGUUUCACUUUCCACAGCGCCGGCAGGGAGAUUGGAAAGGGAAAGAUACCGGACCCGGGUUCUCUGAAAGCUAAUGGCAUGACGGCUCUUGAUUUUCCGAUGGUUGUGCCGUAUAGUAUACUGUUUAACCUGGCUCGAGACGUUGGUGUGGACUGGGACAUUGACUACGAGCUCCAAAUCGGUCUAACCAUUGAUCUUCCUGUUGUCGGGGAAUUUACUAUCCCUAUUUCUAGUAAGGGCGAAAUCAAGCUUCCUACUUUUAAAGAUUUCUUCUGAUCUACUUAAACCUA